CGUAGACCACUAUCUAAUUAUCGGCCCAGCGCCUUCGUGUGUGUACGUCGCUCGCGGGGAAUUUGACUGCAGCCAGCAUUGCACCGAUCCUGAUGACACAGACUGGUGGUCUAACGUUACGCCGAGCCAGCCCGGGCGACAGCAUCUCACCACCGUUCCACCACCUGUGUGUUGGCUCAAUUCCUAUCUGAUUUCGUUUCACCUUGUUUGUUUCGAUUUUGAUACAAACAAUGUCACAGGAAUCAAGUUUUGAUGACAUUUCAUCGUGGAGCCAGGAAACUUGCAGAUUGAAGCUCAAUGAAACACUGCCAGUGCUGAUAGCUCAGUAUUGCAAUGGAGCUUCAGAGACAAAGAAAGUGAGCAUCUUAAAGACAAUGGUGGUCUCGCUGUUACCGGUCCUUGGUGCAGAUGAAAGGGAGAGAGAAUUCUCAGCACCUGUCAUGUCACAGACAAGAGUAUUGUUCAGCAGUAUAUGUAGCUCAAUAAUAACAACUCUUCAGGAAUCAAAUUCAUCACAGGAUCUCAGCCAUUCCCUGCUCCACAGUUUACAGUUGUUGGUAGAGGUGAUCAGUGUUCUUGAGAUGGUGAUUCAGCAUAUGAUGCCUUCUAAAGGGGAUAUGGUUUCCAUGACGACCAUAGAAUCAUUGCCCUGUAAUGUCCUAUCAGUUAUACAAAGGUCAUUCAGUCAUUGCAAGGAUAGUCACACGGUUUAUGGGGAUCACUUCCCGGCUGUUUCUGAACAACUCUCCACUCUCUUCAAGAGAGCUUACAGUCUUCAGAAAGCCUUGAUGAUGCUACUCGAAGCUGUCUCUGAUUCAACAGAUAGCAGUACUGAAAGUCUAUCAAAUGUCUGUGAUGGUUUCCAUGAUCUGUGUAGGAUCAUUAGCGGCAUGGACACCACGCUCCUAGUGAGUACCUGGAGGUUUCUUGUCAAGCUUGUCAUCAAACACAAGGAUUCAAUCCAACAAUCAUUUCAGACACCUCCAUUGGUCCAGACCCUAUGUAAUGAGGUGGAAUCCCAUUACUGCCAUGCCCUGGACCUAGCCCCUCAGCCCUCUGGUCUAGAGGUCCAGGCCCAGGGCUCCCAAGGGACGGAUGAGAAGGCCUUUGCCAGGACUCUGAAGGUGUGCAGUCUCUGCUUCAAGAUGCUUCAUCACUUGAUCAAGGAGUUUCCCGAGGAGUGUGUGGAGGAAUGUGGUCCACAAGUCAGCCAGGUCCUGUUGGUCUUACAAAGUGUGACCACGCCGAGUCUCCAAGCCAAAGACAUCUCAGAAAAGGCUCUCAAUGAUCUUCAGAGAUCAGUCCUUGUGGGUAUUGAACCUCUGAUUCAACUCUUUAUCACCAGUAGAAGGUUCUGUGACUCACUGCUUGCUGUCAAUCAAGAACGUAAACCUGACCAUAGUCUUGCCACAUUACUCACCCUGGUCACCAUCCUGAAGCUGUUGCCCACGGCAACGGAUGAUGCUCGCAUCCUCUGGCUAGAUCCGGUGUUGAUGCCUGAAGAUGAACCGAGAGAAGAUCUUGUUUCAGGGAUAUUCACUGCUAUGAAGAAUUGUUAUAUUGAGCUGCAUAAAUCCAUUACUCUGCCAGGGAUCAUGUGUAAUGGUAAGCCUCAAACCGAUGUCUGUCUUUAUGAAUUCAUUGUGACCCAUCUCUGUGGUUUUGUUGCGUCCUUACCUGCGAGAUUCUUCCUAAAUGUGGAAAGAUGCCUUCUGGAGAAUGUCCUGGGUAGCGACUGGUCUGCUGUUACUGUCGCAGUUGAUGUCUGGUGCUUCAUGGCAAGAUACGGCUCUGCAAAUUUGUGCUUGCAUCAUGUUCGGUUAAUAUGCGACCUCUUGACCUCGCUGCCAACCAAUCAGAGCAAGGCAUCCAUCCACUUGACACUCCUCCUUGGUAGACUAAUCCCACUCCUGGCACCAGAUCAUCAGCUGGAGCUCCUUUCUUCAUAUCCUGUAGAAAGGCAUCCAGACCUGUGGUCUGGGUUUCCACUAGCCUCUUUACCAGACUCCUGUAGAGAUUCAGUCUGUGAAGAAAUCAUCAAGAGUUGUACAAUCACAUUAAGUGACUGGACAGAGUCUAAGCAGACAAGAGACAUUGGCUCAGCACAAAAUAUUAUAAAACAUCUCUUACAAGUGCAGCAGUUGUUUGGGCAAAAUGACAUCAACCAGCGAAUCACAGCCGACCUUACAAAACCUCUGGGUAAAGCUCUUGUAUGUAUGUGUUCUAGUCUUUCAUUGGACAAGCUGACUGGUACUGUAUUAGGUUGCAUUGUAGAUAUAUCAGCUCAUACCCUGGAGCAUGUAACAUCUGGACACAUUCUACAGGUGCUGAAGACGGCAAGUUCCUCUAUCGAAUCAGGUUCACCUCUGACCUUGCGGUUAUCUUGUAUUAACUUCCUUCGUAGAUUAGCCAAGAGAACUAUACCGACCUGUUCAGAGCAAUCACAUAUCCUUGAGCACAUUCCUAUCCUGUUUGGCAAAGUUCUGUCAGAUUCCAACUUCAUCAUCCGUCAACAGGCUUUAGAAGCGUUCAGUUCAUUUGCAGAGGAAACUACUCAUGAAUCAUUAGUCCCAGAAUGCAUCAGAGAGGAUGAUGUCCAGAAGAAUGUUGUAGAUUACCUCAAUCAGAUUCCAGCACAUGCCGACCUUCUAUCAAAGAGGUCAGAGGUCAUUUUUCUUCAAGGUCAAAGGACACGACUGCGAGAUGCGGCUGAGAGAGUGUCCAUGCAGAGUUUACCAUCAGAUUCUGAGAUCAGCCUAAGAGGAGAGAGUGCAAACAUGGCAGAGAAUAGCUCAAGUAGAACAGAGGAGCCUCAAUCUAAACGUCACUGCUCAGACGCUGAAGCCCAACUCCGAGAUGUUGUAGGGAUGUUAAAGGGCGCCCUCACAAGAUUAAAGGAAUUGAAUGUGGGAAUGUUUAAGAGACCUGAUUGGCUGGAUGCAGAACUUUUAUCAGCCAGGAAUUGUUUGGAUGACCUGCUCUCUGAUAAAGAGACUCCUUCAUGACCUUGAGGCAACCUUGUAUGAACAGGGAAAUUUGGAAUGACUUGUAAAUAGCUUGAUUCAAGUACAAUACUACCUCAAAUCAUAUCAUGGAUGAAAGAUCAAUUCUAUCGUUCCAUUAAUCAUUUCACUUGUGAAUUGUUCAUUUCCAGUGGCUUUGUUCUGGGAUCCCCCUCCCCCCUGCU